UUUCUGCUGCUUGUGUCAGUCGUGAGUUGGUUUUGAGUGCGUGCACAGCUGAAAAAAGUGUUCGGGCUGAUGGAAGCAAUCGUUUUUUCUAUAUACCUGAGUAUAAGUACAUAAUGUAUAAAAUGUACAAAGCAUUUCUCGAAAAGCACAAAACACUCCGAAAUAACCUGUUAACGCCGCGCGCACUCAAAUACAAACAAAACUGAUACCAUAAAACUCUAAAGUGUAAUAAAUUGUGAGCAAAACUAAUCAAAUAUAGGAAACAUAUUAAAUCUAUGCUCUCCUUGGUGCUCAUUAAACGUGUGUUGUUUUUUUUUCUUCGUUUAGCUUACAAUAUAGACAAAUUAUAAUUGCAAACAAUCAUUUGUGAAGUUGGCAUGUUAAGUGUGUUCGAUGCCAGUGCGGUUAAGUGUCGUCUAUGGCCGAGUCCGUUAAAAGUCAAACGCUCUCUGCAUUGACGGAGGGGCAGCACGACGGUAGUACAAUAACAACAUCCAAUUCACAACGGCAUUACAAUAAUAAUAAUAACAACAAUAACAAUAAAAUUAACAAGAAACGCAACACAGCAACAGCUGUUGCUUCAACUUUAUCAUCCUCUGUCACCGCCUCUGCAAGUCGUUCUCGCAGCAAGGGACGUAACUUCAACUCAACAGCAACAACAGCAAACAACAAACAAAGUAACAAUAAGAAAAGUUCUACUGCAACAUUUGUUGGUGGUGUCAUCACCACGCCAAACAACUGCAACGAUUCGUCCAUAUCCCCUGGCAGUCGCAAGCGUCAGCAUCAACUGCACUACAACAAUAACAACAGCCAGAAUCAUAAUAAAACUCAAUCAGCGCCUGGCGGAGAUCAGUUCGUGGAGUUAAAUUCGCCGCUCAAGAAGCGACGUGUCCAACAGGCUCCCUCAUCUGUUUGCGAAGCAUCCGUCAUCGAAUCAAGCCGCGGAGGAACAGGAGUUGGUGGCACUCCAGUUGCAUCUGCAGAGACUCAGCAUAGUACACCACGAUUGGCAUCCGGCGGCGAUUGUGUGGCCCAAAGGACGCGCUCCAAGACCCUAACCCCAGAGGAGUUGCCGAGCACUAGCAGCGCUGCCGCAGCAGCAGCGCGUCACAGCAACAACAGCAAACAGGCAAAAGAGACAGGCAACUACAAUCACGUUAUUGGAGUGACGCCACAGCGCGGUGCAGCUGCCCGUGCAGCGUCAGCGGCGGGAACAGCAGGAUCCGGAUCAGGAUCGGGAGCACGCAGCAGUAGCAGCUCCAACAGUGGCAGUAAUUUGCUGAAUUAUUAUCGCAAGACGCGCAAGGUUAGUCACACGCGUGCUAAACCGUCGGCAACAACAACUGAACAGCAACAACAACAACAGAAACAACAGCAGCUUGAGCAUUCAAUACGGAAACUGUCGAGCUCGACCAGCGAGCGGGAAAAUAACAACAGCGCACGUCUGCAGGCCAGCAGUUCGGCUGUGAUUGCAGCUGCGGCGGCAAUUGACGCUGCCUCCUCAACAACAACAGUUGCACGUCACGAGGGCAACAGCAACGUUGCUCUUAAACGGCUGGACAGAAAGAGCAACAGCAACAGCAGCAAUAGCAACAACAACAAGUACACCAAAUAUCGCAAGAGUCUGCGCAAUUAUCAGCAGCAACUGCUCGCCAGAAUUGAAGCGACAGCCAAUAAAAUCACAUCUGACGAGGACGAUAACAACGAAUACGGCAGCUUGGACGUUGAGCAUCCAGGGCCGUCGUCCUCAGAGGCCGAGGCAAAUAAUACAGACGACGCCGACGCAGAAACAAACGUCGUCGCUGAAGUUGACGGUGACGGAGACGGAGACGUUGUCGAUUCAGCACCGGACGUUAGUCUUGAAGCUGCCGUAGCUACCACGUCGGACGGCGACGAGGACGAGCAGGACGAGGACGAACAAGAGGAGGAAGUGGAGCCAGAAGAGGAGGAGGUGGGUUUCUACGAGAUAGUUAACUCGGCGGAUUCAUCGUACGAAGAAGACGCUCAAAUCGUUGCCGAAGAGGACGAACUGAGUGAGGAGGAGGACGUUGACGACGAGGAGGACGACGAUCUCGAAGAGGAUUUCGACGAGGAAGAAGAUCUCUCUGAGGGUGAAUUCGCUGAGCAUAUUAUUGGUGAACUUGGUGGUGCAGCACAUGCGAGUCGCAACAGGCGCAGCAGCAACACUAAAUUUACAACCACAGCAAUAAGUGCAACCAACAGCAGCAACAACAACAACAGCAGCAGCAAACAGAACAAAAACACGCUGGCAACAUACUCAUCAACAGCUGCACCGACUGCGUCGGCAGCAACAGCAGCAGCAGGAACAGCAACAACACACCAACAGACGUCAGCAGCAGUUGCAGCUGCAGCAACAGGAGCAACAACAACGUCGGGCUAUCAACGUGCCGCCCCACAGGGCCAACAACAAAUUGGCAGUGGGGCGGCACGUGGCACACGCAGCAAUGUUGCUGCUGCUGCCGCUGCUGUUGGCAUUGUUGAUUACAGCGUUCACAUGACGCCCUACCCAACUCAGCAGCAACAGCAGCAUCAGCAUCCAGUGCCACCUCUACAGCAGCAACAGUUGCUGCCUGCACAUCAGUUUGCUGCUGCACAUUUGUCUUCCUUUGUGGCGCCUACUGCGCCAGCGACUCAACAUUUUCAAGCAGCGGCAUUUUAUACAGCCGCACAGCAACAACAACACCACCAGCAGCAGCAACAUCAUCAUCAUCAUCAGCAACAACAACCACAUCAGCAACAUCAUCAGCAGCAACAGCAGCCGCAUUAUUAUCACAGUUCGGCUGCUGCUGUCGCUGUACUCAAUCUGCAACAGCAGCAACAACACCCACAACAACAACAACCGCAUCACUAUAAUUCCACAGGGCCGCAACAAUCACGGCCAGUGCCUCCGCCUAUUAUAUAUCAGCAACCACGUUACGCAGCAACAACAUUUGUGCCGCCACCAACACAACAACAACAGCAGCAGCAACAACACACUGCCUACGCACAGCAGCAACAUUCAUCACUGCGACGCAGUUCACGUAGCAAAACGGGUUCCUGUGUGAGUUCCGCAGCAGCCGCACAGCAGCAGCAGCAGCAACAACAACAGCAUCAUCUGCAACAGCAACAUCAACUAGCUGCAGCAGCAGCUGUUGUUGCACCCAGCACGGCUGCUGCUGCAGCACUACAACAGCAACAACAACAGCAACAGGUGCCGCCCAAUCAAUACCAAUACCACCAACAAUUGGGUGGCAAUACGGUGGUUGUUGCCGUACGCCAACAACAGCAGCAACAGGCGGCUCUACAGCAACAACAGCAGUUGCAUCAACAAGCGCUGCAACAGCAGCAGCAACAGCAACAACGUGCCACAAUUGUUCAGCCCGGUUUUCUAUUCAGCUACCGGAGUAAUCAUAAUCAGCAGCCACAGCAACAACAACAGCAACAGUCGCAACAGGCAACGCCCAAAGCGACCCACAGUAGUGCAGCUUCGGAUGCUUUAACAUAUAGUUUGAUGGCACAACAGCAACAACAACAACAAGCGCCAAGUGGACCGCCCCAUGCAGGUGGACAGCAACUGACGUCAGGUAACAACUCGGCAAAUCUCAGCAUCGUUGCAGCCGCACUGAGCGCCGCUCGGGACUCGGCGGUAAACGUGAACAUUAGCGGCGCGGUGGGCGCAACUAGCAGCAGCACCGCUAGCGGCGGCAGCAAUAGCAACAAUAGUGCCUCGGCCGGUGGCAGCAGCAAUAGCAAUGUAACAGCAACAACAACAACAUCAUCUACACAAUCAGCUGCAUUACAAACAGCAGCAGCAGCAGCGGCAGCAGCAGCAACUGGCGCUGCUGCUGUAAAUGCUGCUGCUGCUGCUGCCGCCGCCGCUGCCGCUGCAGCAGCGGACUCGGAAAGCGAUGACAGCGAAGUGGGACGUCUUCAGGCGCUGCUUGAGGCACGCGGUCUGCCGCCGCAUCUAUUUGGGGCAUUGGGACCACGGAUGACGCACAUACUACAUCGGACAAUCGGCAACAGCAGCACUUCCAAGGCGAAUCAGCUGCUCCAGGGUCUGCAAUCGCACGAUGAAUCGCAGCAGCUGCAGGCAGCGAUCGAGAUGUGCCAAAUGCUUGUCAUGGGCAACGAGGAUACCCUGGCCGGGUUCCCCGUCAAGCAAGUUGUUCCGGCACUAAUCCAACUGUUGCGCAUGGAGCACAAUUUCGAUAUCAUGAAUAACGCAUGUCGUGCAUUGGCCUAUAUGCUGGAGGCAUUGCCACGUUCCGCUGGCACUGUCGUGGAUGCUGUGCCCGUGUUUCUUGAGAAGCUGCAGGUCAUCCAAUGCAUGGACGUGGCUGAGCAGAGUCUGACAGCACUGGAGAUACUCUCGCGUCGUCACAACAAGGCCAUACUACAGGCGAAUGGAAUCAGUGCCUGUCUCACCUAUCUGGACUUUUUCUCGAUUGUGGCACAACGUGCUGCUCUGUCCAUCACCGCCAACUGUUGCCAGAAUAUGCACGCCGAGGAGUUCCAUUUUGUGUCGGAGAGUUUGCCACAAUUGGCCCGAUUGCUGUCGCAGCAGGACAAGAAGUGUGUGGACAGCGUUUGCACCGCCUUCUGGCGACUGGUCGAGAGUUUCCCCCACGAUGGCAAACGAUUGCAGCAGAUCGCAAGUCCAGAUCUGCUAAAGAAUUGCCAACAGUUGCUGGUGAUGACACCCGCCAUACUCAAUACGGGCACCUUCACCAAUGUCGUUCGCAUGCUCAGCCUGAUGUGCGCCGCUUGUCCCGAUUUGGCCAUCUCAUUGUUGCGCAACGAUAUUGCUGCCACAUUGCUUUAUCUUUUGACUGGAAAUGCGGAGCCGGCGGCAGCGAGUGCUACCCAUGUGGAGCUGGUGACACGCCCACCGCUCGAACUUUUGGAGUUGACCUGUUUAAUUGGCGAGCUAAUGCCGCGUCUGCCGCUGGAAGGCAUCUUUGCGGUAGAUGCACUGCUGGACCGACCCACACUCAAUACCCAGGAUCAGGUGCAGUGGCAAUGGCGUGAUGAUCGCGGUGCCUGGCACAAUUAUUCCACCAUCGAUUCGCGUCUCAUUGAGGCCGCUCAUCAGAGCAGCGAGGAUGAGAUCAGUUUGAGUACCUUGGGACGCACAUAUACGGUUGAUUUUCAUGCCAUGCAACAGAUUAACGAGGACACCGGCACCACAAGGCCCGUGCAACGCAAGCUAAAUCCCAAUUAUGUAGCACCAGCAGCAGCUGGACAGGAUCUGAGCACAACUGGUGCAACGGCAUCCGCAUCUGCAUCUGCAUCCACAUCAGCCAGUUCCAGCAAUAACAAUAACAACAACAACACCAGCAUCUGCACCAGCUCGAAUUCAAAGCGACGUCCAUCGCUGGAUGCGCGCAUUGCCUGCCUGAAGGAGGAGCGCGGUUUGGCCGCUGAUUUCAUCAAGCACAUCUUCAAUGUGCUCUACGAGGUGUACAGCUCGUCGGCUGGUCCCAAUGUGCGCUACAAGUGCCUUCGCGCCCUCCUCCGCAUGGUGUACUAUGCCACGCCGGAGUUACUGCGUCAGGUGCUCAAAUAUCAGCUAGUAUCGAGUCACAUUGCCGGCAUGCUCGGCAGCAAUGAUUUGCGAAUUGUUGUGGGCGCAUUGCAGAUGGCUGAGAUCUUAAUGCGACAGCUGCCGGAUGUUUUUGGUACACACUUUCGACGUGAGGGCGUCAUCUAUCAGUUUACCCAGUUGACCGAUCCAAGCAAUCCCAUUUGCGCCAAUCCAUCGCCAAAACCACUCAACACCAGUGGCAGUCAGUUGGCCACGCCAACAGCCAAUGCUGGUGGCUCACAGAGUGCACCCGCCUCGGCGAAUAGCUUGCAGGUGAAUCCCUUUUUUAUGGACAAUGUGACAGCAUCAUCCGCUGGCUCCAGCAGUGCCAGUGCCACGCCCAGCAGUUCCAAACAUCAAUCGUACAGUGUCAAGAGUUUUUCCCAUGCCAUGAACGCACUCACCGCCAGCGCCAAUGCUGUGGCCAAGCAGCAACAUCAUCAACAGCAACAUCAACACCACCAACAACAACAUACGACAAAUGCUGCUGGCUCUUUGGAUGCUACUGGCUACAACUAUAGCAGCUCGGCGCCUAGCUCAUCCGUCUCGACGGGCACAGGGACAGGUGUUGGAGCAGCUUACUUUGUUGCCGCCACAUCGGCGACUGAUCCACGUCAAUAUCUUAACUUUCAACAGCCGGCGGCGCCACUGUCAGCGGCACAACUGGAGUUGUUGCCGGCAGGUGGCAGCAGCAGCAACCAACAGCAGCAGCAACACCAGCAACAACUGCCGACGCAGGUCAUCUAUAACAGCGUGCAAGGUCAAGGCUCCACGGGCUUUCAGCAGCAGCAGCAAAUGAUUGUCGCUGUGCCAUCCACAAGCGCAGCAGCAGCUGGCAACAGUAACAGCAGCAAUAGUGGCAACAAUUGCUCAUCCUCGGCGUUGCAGCACAAGAUGACAGACAUGUUGAAGCGCAAGGCGCCACCCAAACGCAAGUCACAGAGCAGCGGACGCGCCAAGUCGCGACAGGAGGAUGCCGCAGCAGCUGCAGCAGCCGCAACUUCAGCCAGUUCGGCAAUGCACGAGCUGCUCAGCCGUGCCACAAGCCUCGGCAGCAAUGCGGGUGGACGUAGCACGCCCAGCUCUGGCUCAGGAUCGAGCAAUUCCAAGUCACGCUUUAGUGCUGGCAAUACGAGCGGUAAUGCGAGCAGUUCCUCCACCAAAUCCUCGUUUCUGGCAUCCCUCAAUCCGGCACGUUGGGGUCGCCAAGCGGCGCAUCAUCAUCACCAUCAGCAGCAACAGCAGCAACAACAACAGUCAUCACACCACGGACUGACCAAAGAUACCGGCAGCAGCAGCAGCAGUGGAACAGGAGCAGGAGGUGCAUCAGGUGCAUGCAGCUCGGCUGGCUUGGCCUAUGCUGGAUCACAGCAUGGAGCUGCCGGCAUGAAUGCAGCUGCUGUGGCGGCGAGCAUCAGCAAGAGCAUCUCACAUGCCAAUCUCAUGGCCGCCGCCAAUCGGGAACGUGCUCGUCAAUGGGUGCGUGAGCAGGCUAUUGAUUUUGUCAAACGCUACACGGAGCAGGAGGCGCGUCGCAGUAAGGCGGCACGGGACAGUGAGGGCAACAGUGCAACGGGCGGUGCUGUUGGCUCCGGCAUGGGAUCUUCAGCAGCUGCUGCAAUGUCCACGACAUCGUUGGCCAGCACCAGUGUCUUGGAGCGACUAUCGAGCAUCUUGCUCAAGCUGAAUGGCAGCUAUCAUGAUUGCCUGGAUGCGUUGCUCGAGCUGAAGACAAUUCUCCUGGAGAGCGACAUAUCACCGUUCGAGGUGAACCAUUCGGGUCUCAUCAAAGCCAUGCUCAACUACAUGACUAGCGAAUCCGGUUUGGUCGAUCGUGAUGCUCGUCUACGCAGUUUCAUGCACGUCUUUGCCGGCCUCCCAUUGGAGCCGUUACUUCAAAAUGUUGGCCAAUUGCCGACUAUCGAACCGCUUGCCUUUGGCGCCUUUGUGGCCAAAUUGAAUGGCUGCGUUACGCAGUUGGAACAGUUUCCCGUCAAGGUGCACGACUUUCAAGCUGGUCCAGGUGGUCGCACCAAUCAGAGUGCGUUGCGUUUCUUCAAUACACAUCAGUUGAAGUGUAAUCUGCAGCGUCACCCGCAGUGCAGCAAUCUGCGCCAAUGGAAAGGUGGCACCGUCAAGAUCGAUCCUUUGGCCAUGGUCCAAGCAAUUGAACGAUAUCUAGUGGUGCGAGGCUAUGGUGGCAUACGUGCCGAUUCUGAUGACGACAGCGAGGAGGAUAUGGAUGAUAAUGUGGCUGCCGUUGUAAUGACACAGUCCGGAUUCAAGCACAAGCUGCAGUUCCUCAUUGGGGAGCAUGUGUUGCCCUACAACAUGACCGUCUACCAGGCUGUCAAGCAGUUUUCGCCGCUGGUCAACGAACAGCACGAAACGGACAACGAGUCCGAGAUGCUAUUGGGUAACAGCAGCAUUUGGGUGCAACAGCACACCAUUUAUUAUCGUCCAGUGGAGGAGGAGGGCGUCGGCUCGGGAGCGAACAGCUCGUGCAGCAGCAGCAGCAAUCAGGCCCAACACAAGACGAGCAGCAACAGCAAUGCCACGUCCAGCUCGUCCCAUCUGGCUACCUCAUCGUGCUCCUCAUCCUCGUCAGCAGCCACAUCGAGCGGUGGCAAAAAGUCCCACAAAUCGAGCAGUAAAUUCAUGCGUAAGAAGACGGAACUGUGGCACGAGGGUAUUGCUCCAGCUGUAUUGUCUCCGCUGAAGCAAUUUUUGAGCAGCUGCUUGCCCGCCGAUGUGGUCACUGUGCAGGAUGCCUCAUUGGAUGCCCUGUGCAUGCUGCGUGUCAUACACGCGCUCAAUCGCCACUGGGAGCAUCUUUAUGGCUGUGUUGUGCGUCAGAAUAUCAUUGGACAGUCGGAGUUUGUGCAUCCAAAGAUUACAGCAAAGGCGAAUCGUCAGCUGCAGGAUCCAUUGGUCAUUAUGACCGGCAAUCUGCCACAAUGGCUGCCACAAAUUGGCAUGGCCUGUCCCUUCCUCUUCCCCUUCGAGACGCGCCAUUUGCUGUUUUACGCCACCAGCUUUGAUCGGGAUCGUGCUCUGCAGCGUCUAUUGGACACCACACCAGAUCUGAAUGCUGCUGAAUCAUCGGAGCGUGUUGCUCCGCGUCUCGAUAGACGCAAGCGGGCAAUUUCACGUGCUGAACUGCUAAAGCAGGCGGAGCACAUACUCCAGGACUUUGGCAACUCCAAGGCGCUUCUCGAGAUUCAAUACGAGAAUGAGGUGGGCACUGGAUUGGGACCCACGUUAGAGUUUUAUGCUCUCGUCUCGUCUGAGCUGCAGCGCACAGAUCUUGGGCUUUGGAAUGGCAGCGAUAGUUAUCGCCAUAAUUCAUCCAAUAUUGUGGAUGUGGUCAAGUCAACAAGUGCCGUGCUGCACAUUGAGGAUGCGCCUGAAUCGAUCAACGAGCAGACGCAGGCAGCAGCUGCAGCUACAGCUACAGCCACAGUUGUCAGCAGUACCACAACAACAACAGCAACUAACGCACAUCUGACCCGCUCCAGCAGUCGCAGCAAUGCGUUGCGCAACCAACAACAACAGCAGCAACAUCAACAGCAUCAGGCGGAGCACAGCUCCUCCAGUGCGGGAGCUAAUGAUAACGCUUUAAAUAUGAUCAUUGCACAGCAGUUUAGUGAUACGGUAGCCAACGAUGGCAGCACAACAACAAACGUCUCCCAAGUGCUUGACCAACAGACGACGACAACAGUGACAACAACAACAAUUGGAACAACAAUUUCAACAGCCACAAUGCUGAGCUAUGUCCACACGGCACACGGUUUGUUCCCGCUACCGCUCGGCAAAUCAUCGAAGCUGCCACAAAUGACCAAGGCCAAGUCCAAAUUCAAGUUUCUGGGCAAGUUUAUGGCCAAGGCGGUGAUGGACAGUCGCAUGCUGGACUUGCCGUUCUCAUUGCCCUUCUAUCGCUGGCUGGUCAGCGAGGAGCAUUCAAUUGGCCUGGCCGAUUUGUUGCGUGUGGCACCCGAGGUACAAAGCACGCUGGUGCGUCUGCAGGAUAUGGUACGUCAACGUGAGGAUAUACAGUCCGAUCCCAAUCUGGAUGCCAUGGAGAAAAAGGAGAAGAUGGAGCAACUUGAUUUGGAUGGUUGUCCCAUUGCUGACUUGGGUCUGGACUUUGUGUUGCCUGGGCAUGCAAAUAUUGAACUGUGUCGCGGUGGACGCGAUACUCCCGUUACCGUGCAUAAUCUGCAUCAAUAUAUAUCGCUGGUUACCUACUGGUUCCUCAUCGAGGGCGUGCAGAAGCAGUUUGAGGCGCUGCGAGAGGGCUUCGAUUCAAUUUUCCCCAUACAACGACUGCGCAUGUUCUAUCCAGAGGAGCUGGAGUGCGUCUUUUGCGGAUCGGGCAGCGAACAGCAUCAACGCUGGGAUCUCAAAAUGCUGCAGGACAGCUGCCGCACCGAUCACGGCUUCCAUCAGGAAUCUCAGGCCAUACAAUUCUUGUACGAGAUUCUCUCCUCGUACAAUCGUGAUGAGCAGCGUGCGUUCUUGCAAUUUGUGACAGGAUCACCACGUCUGCCAACUGGGGGAUUCAAGGCGUUAACCCCACCGCUGACCAUUGUGCGCAAGACCUUGGAUGGGAAUCAGAAUCCCAAUGAUUAUCUACCAUCUGUGAUGACCUGUGUCAACUAUCUAAAGUUGCCGGACUACUCCAGUCGUGAUGUGAUGCGGCAGAAACUGAAAGUGGCUGCCAAUGAGGGCAGCAUGUCCUUCCAUCUGUCAUAAAAAAAAAAGAAAACCCCAAAAAACAUGAGAAAACAAACGGAAAACAUCAACAAAAGGAAACGUUAUUCAUUUUCAUAAAAAUACAACAUAUAGAUACACGUAUCAAAUAUUCUAUAUCCAAUGCAAUCCAAUAUAUCUAUACUAUAUAUAGAUUGGGAUUUGUGUAGACACACACACACACACAGAAACUGCAGCAAGCGGAUAGCCAGGAUAGCAAGAUAAACCCAAGCAACAAUAUCCAAUACAAACAAAAACAAUCGAUCAAUCAAUCAAUCCAAGCGUUUUGCACCCUUUUACAAUUUAUCUUUGUUCUUUUUAAAAAAUCGCAACAUUUCCAGAUACAUGUCAACUGGCCAAAUUUCGAUAUAUAUAUAUCAAAUAUAUUUUAUAACAUUCUCAAAUUGCUUAACUUUUGUGUUUGCCCCUUGAACAAAGUAAUUGCAACACAUACAUACACAUUUAUAUAUAAAUAAAUUUAUAUAUAUUUAUAUAUAAAUUAAUAAUAUAUAUAGUAUUCAUAUUGCAAAGGCCAAGAAUUAAAAAAUGCUAUUAAAUAAAUGAAAAAAAAAUUACCAGAAACCGUUACAAAAGCUGCUGGACCAAUUUAUUAUUUCUCUUGAAUUUCGCCUAUAGUUAAAAAUUGAUUUGUUUUUAAAUUUCAUUAAGUUUUUUGUUUGAAAAUCUAAAUUUAUGUGUAAUUCGUAAGCAUAUAAUGUGUAUCUCUAACUGAUGGAAACGCUUAGAAGCUGAGGAAAUUAUAUCGCGGCAAUUUCUUCUCCUCAAAACUUAUGUUUAUAUAUGUAGAAAAUGAAAUGAAUUCAGAUAAAAUUGAAAAAUUUAAACGUUAAUGAAAAUAAAAAUGCCCACCCUUGAAAUUUAAAUUUAUAAAAAUAAAAUAUAUAUAUACAUACAAAAAAUAUAAUUAUAUAAUUUAAUGAAUAAUUAAUAAUUAUGCCUGUAAAGCAAAUUAAGCAAAUAUUCUGCAAGCUGUGUUAAUCUAUCAUAGCAAAUGCCACAAAUAAAGUAAACAAAAGAGAUAAGGAAAUUAAAU